UAAACAACAACCAGUUCGUUUGAAAGAUUGAUGUAGUUACCGGAAAGGUUUGUGUUGUUGGCUUGUCAUCAGAAACAUAUUGCUGAACAUCACCAGGACAAUGGACACCAGUUGCAGUACCCUGAUUUGUGUCCUCAGUUUGCUGUUGAGCUGCCUGUUGACCGUACGCCAAGUGUCUGCUGUUAAACGAGAUGCAGAACUCUAUUGUGGAGCAUGCCAGGCACUUGUGGAUGAAAUAGAGUUUGCCAUUGGGGAAGUAGAUCCUAAGAAGACAAUAGAAAUGGGUUUUAGGAUAGACCCCCAGGGACGACAGAAAGUCAAAAAGAUUCCAUUUGCCGGAUCAGAGGUUCAUUUACUUGACGAAAUGGAGAGUGUCUGCGGCAAGCUGAAAGACUACGCUGAGAGAGUAGAUCCAGAGACCAAAAUCAAAACAUUUGUUCGCUUCAACGCAAGGAACGACAAAGACACUCUAGAGUUGACCCACGUUAGCAUUAAUGCAGGCAUCAGUAAAGCAUUAGAAGUUGCUUGUCAAAACAUUAUUGAGGAACAUGAAGAGGAGAUCAUUCAAUCUAUCACAUCAACAAAGCUUGUUAAUAAGGAAAACAUAUGCAGGGAAAUCACUGGUGUAUGUUCUGAAUCAGAAGAGACAGAAAGUGCUGAAAAGUCUGAGCUUUGACGAGUAUAGAAGUUCAUCACGUGUGCCUGAAGUUUUUGGUGUUUUGUUUACUCUCUUCGUUGAUUUGAAAAACUGUUUGUUUUUCUCUUAUCCACUUUUAAACAAAGAAUUCUAUCUGACAAUUCUACCUUUAAAUUUACAUUCCUUCUUUUUGCUGUUUAAAACAGUUUAUUUAAUGCUAAGUUUAUCAAUUUUUCUACAAUGGUAGUUUUUCUCAUCCAGUAUUGAAACUAUUUACUUUUUUAUGUCGAACAGUUUACACAUGUUAUUACUUAUACAUGGUGCCAUGAUUUUUAGUCAAAAGAAUUUCAUGGUGUUAACCAAUUUCAUGCACUGUUACAAAAUUUGUCUUGAAAGUAUUGCAAAAUAUUUAAAUGAAUUGUUUAUACAAAAAUAUAUCUAUAAUCUUACAGCAUACUGUAACUAAUGGCUCAUGCCAAAGCAAAACACUUCCUGCCAAAAGUUAAAAUUGUGUUUAUUAGCUAAUCAAAUAGAUGAGAAGAAGAGCUUUAAAAUUACACAUUCUUUUUUUACGACAUAAAAUAUUUCUUUUUCAACGGUCAUCAGUGUUGUAGCCACGGUGGGCGGUGCUGGGCGGCCUGUCUCGGACUCACAAUUUUUACCGAGCACUUGGAACAAAAAUACAUUGUGCCGCCCAGCACAGAUUUCAAAACUGUCGACUGUGAAUUGAUCUGAGACACAGCUAUAGAAAUGAUAAGAAGUAUCAAAUGUCUGUCACAGACUCGCCUCCAUAACACAAACAGUUUGGAGACCAUGCCCUACUUCAGCAAUAAUUAAUGGUCCCAUGUUUAAACACAAAUAAUAUUGUUAGUCCGCUCCCUAUUGGUGGUCUUAAAAUAAAAUAGAUUUAUUGCCCACCACUAACAUGGUGGGUGGCACGGUUGGCUUGUGCGUAAAGC